UAUUAUUCGAUGCGAAAAUCACUGAAAUGUGUAUCCAUCUAUUUUCUCCUUAGUACGAUUUUAAUCAAUAUAUAUAUAUUUUCUCAAUUUCAUAUUGAAUCGAAAGAUUUAAUCGAUCAUGUAACUUAUAUUAAACAACAAGAACAAUUUUUGAUUAAGAAAAACGAUAAUGAUUUUCUUGUACUUGAUUGGACUGCUACUCAACAUAUAUUUAAAGAACAAGAUCCGAUUAAAUGUGAUUUUUCUCAUAUAACUCCUGAUUAUUGUCAAUUAAAAUUUAUUUCAAUAUUGAAUAAUACGCUUCGUUUAUUUCUUAUUGAACGUUGUUCUCGUUUAUCAAAACUUAAUGUUCGUUGGACAUCUGAUCGAUCAUAUUUAAAACAAGCUCAUCUUCUAGCAUAUCAUUCUAUUCAUAUGCCAUGGCAGAAUUUACCAAAACUAAUACGUAAUGAUCAACAACAACAAUUUUCUACGACUUAUGUACUUGAAAGUGAAGUACAUUCAUCAAAUGGUGAACAUUGGCAUAAAAUUGAUUUUCCAAUGUGGUAUAAUCUUCAACGGUCAUAUCCUGAACCUGCUACUUACUUUGAUCUUCAAAUAUAUCUUCCGCAAUUAUUUGCGCCGGUUUAUAUACCUUUCAUAAAUAAAACAACAACGGCUCCAAUUGUUUGGAUUAUAUCGAAUUGUCAAGCUUAUAAUGCACGUCAAGUUUUUAUUGAAAAACUAAUGACAUAUAUUCGUAUUGAUUCUUAUGGUAAAUGUCUCAAUAAUAUUAAAUUAAGUAAUAUACAAAAACGUCAACAAAUAAAUUCGAUUUUAUAUUCAACAUAUAAAUUUGUAAUUGCAAUUGAAAAUUCGAAUUGCGAAGAUUAUGUUACAGAAAAAUUAAUUGAAGUAUUUGCAUCAACAUCAGUACCUAUUGUUGCUAGCCGAAAUGGUAAACCGGAUUAUUCACGUUUUGCACCAAAAUAUUCAUAUAUUAAUAUAUAUGAUUAUGAAUCAGUUAAAGAAUUAGCUGAUUAUUUAAAUUAUUUAUCAAAUAAUCAAACCGCUUAUAAUGAAUAUCUAUGGUUUAGACAAAUACCAACUAAAAAUUAUUCGUCAUUAAGUAUCAUUGAACGAUCGCUACCUGAAAAUCUUCAAUUGGCUGAUAAAAUUUUGGGUGUGAAUGCAACAAUGCGUCAAUGGUUAUUAACUAAAGAAACUAGUAUUAAUAAAUAUUGUAAAUUAGUACAAUUUAUCUAUACAAACUAUUGGAAAGUAAUAGAUGAACGAAAGAAAAUUGAUCGUCCAACAGCUAAUCAAGUGUGUUUACCUCGACACGAAUUAGGAUCUUAUUUUUCUUGA